UCUAAGCACAAGGAUCCUUUUGGAGGACGACUGAUAAUGAGAUAUUACUUCAUUCUGUUGCUUUCCUCAAAUAUAUUCUGCUCCACUGGUUUUGAUGUUGUUCAGGAAGAUAAUGUAAAAAUAGUUGAAGCUGACCGGGAUGUAAACUUUACCUGCAAAUUUCCAGGGCUGGUACAGUCGAUAAACACAUGGUUUAAACAGACGACUGAUGGAAAAUCCCUACAAAUUGUGUCUUCAUAUUUAAAUCAACAGCCUAGCUGGAAUCACAACUUCACAAAUCGUUUUAAUGUUGCCAAUGAAGAUGGUUAUUUUAAUCUGACCAUUUUACAGACAACGUUAUCAGACUCUGCAACAUAUUACUGUGUAGUUUCAGCAUAUCAAACCAUUGGAAUGGGCUCAGGAACUCGAUUACUUGUCAGAGAUGCAGCUGCAGACAGAAACACAACUCUUCAUCAGUCUUUGAUAGACACUGUUGAUCCAGGAGAUUCAGUGAAUUUGCAGUGCAGCAUCUUCACUGAGAGCUGUGCAGGAGAUCACAGCGUCUACUGGUUCAAGCAAACCUCAGGAGACUCUGAAGGAGUGCUUUACACCAAAGGAGAGAGAAAUGGCCGCUGUAAGAACAACACUAAGUCUCAAACACAGAGCUGUGUCUACAGUCUCCACAAGAACAACAUCAGUCGCUCUGAUACUGGCAUUUACUACUGUGCUGUGGCCGCAUGCGGAGAAAUACUGCUUGGAAGAGGAACUCAACUGAAUAUUAAAGAAAAUUAUGAUUUUAAUCCUGCUCUUCUUGCUUCUGGAAUUUCAAAUAUCAUAUUUUUGGCCCUUGUUGUUUUUCUGGGAAUAAAAUUCUGUAGAAAUCAGAUUAAAACAUCCGCUGCUCAAACAACUCAAGAUGAAGACAGCCUGAAUUACGCAUCCAUUACUUUUAGUCAGAAACCUCUGAACACUAGAAGAGCCAGAGCAAAAGUCACUCAAGAUCAGUCUCUGUACGCACAGGUCAGAUCACACCAGUAA